CUCACCGCGCAUGCUCGGGAGCCGCGACCGCCCUUGGUCGCGGGGCGGCGGUCCUGCGAGCCGCGCGGGACGGCAGGAAGCGGCAAUGGAGAAGAUGCUUUUUGUGACUUUACUUUGGUCACUUGCUGUAGUGGCGCUUGGUGUCAACACUCAUCAACAUGGAAUGGAGUCAACUGCUUCCCAGCAGUCCUCAGAAAAAAUUGUUCCCAGUAGGGUGGCUGGUAUUAACAGUGACUUAGCAAUGGGCAUGCAGAAGCAUCACCUGCAGGAACUGUUCCACCGCUAUGGGGAGAAUAAUUCCCUGACAAUUGAAGGAUUCAGAAAGUUACUUCAGAAUAUAGGCAUAGCUCCAGUUAAAAGAGUCCAUUUAAAUCAUGAUCAUCACCAUCAUGGCCGUGGUACUCUGAAUAAAAAUAUUCACAAAGUUGUUUAUCCAACCCUUGAGUCUGGUGGUACAGAACAGAAUUCUAGGAAUAGUCAGGUGACAGGGCCACACAGAUUAGAGAAUGUGGAAAACUCCCACAUCAUUUUGAUCAAGACUAUCUCUAGUGAAGUAACUGUGACCACUUCAGUCCCUGUCACAGAAGAAAAUCAUGUGUUGGAGACCCCUGAAAGAGGAAAAAUGGGGACUCUGCCCACAGGUUUGAAUGGCACCUCUGCCCCUAACACUACCGAAAGUAGCAACGCGAAUUGGCUUGUUAAAGGGAGAGCUAGUGAGUCUACGACCAUGAGUGAGCCUGAGACAGGAAAUGUCAGAUAUCCUAAGUCUACAAACCAGAAUCCCCACGAGUGCUUCAAUACAUCUAAUCUGCUGCAGUCUCAUGGAAUCAGCAUGCAAGUAAUCCUGAAUGCAACAGAAUUUAGCUAUCUCUGCCCAGCUAUUAUUAACCACAUUGAUGGUAGAUCUUGUGUAGUUCAUGUAAACAGUGAAAAGGUGGAAAGCCCUCCGAAGACUUACUCUAUGCGAAUAGCUUGGAUUGGCGGAUUUAUAGCCAUUUCCAUAAUCAGUUUUCUUUCGUUGCUGGGUGUUGUCUUGGUACCUCUGAUGAACCGUGUGUUUUUCAAGUUUCUCUUGAGUUUCCUCGUGGCAUUGGCUGUCGGAACUUUGAGUGGUGAUGCUUUUUUACAUCUUCUUCCACAUUCUCAUUCAAGUUAUCACCACAGUCACGAGAAACCUCUCUUUGAGCAGGACAAAGGCACUCUUUUCAGGCACCUUAUUUUUCCAAACACAGACAAGGGUCCUCACUUGGAUUCCACCUGGAAGGGCCUGACUGCCUUAGGAGGCUUGUAUUUCAUGUUUCUGGUUGAGCAUUUAAUCACAUUGAUCAAACAAUUUAAAGGCAAGAAGAAAAAGAAGCAGAAAAAGCCUGAAAAUGAUGAAGACCCAGAGAUUAAGAAGCAGUUGUCAAAGUACAAUUCUCAACUUUCACCAAAUGAAGAAAAGUUAGAUAGAGAAGAUCGACAAGAAGGCUAUCUAAGACCAGAGGCGCAAGAUCCAUUACACUUUGAUUCCCCACAACCAGCGGUUCUGGAAGAAGAAGAAGUCAUGAUAGCUCACUCUCAUCCACAGGAAGUGUACAACGAAUAUGUGUUGAGAGGGUGCAAGAAUAAAUGUCAUUCCCAUUUCCAUGAUACCUUAGGCCAAUCGGAUGACCUCAUUCAUCACCAUCACGAUUAUCACCAUAUUCUACAUCACCACCACCACCAGAAUCAUCACCCCCACAGCCAUAGUCAGCGCUAUUCCCGGGAAGAAUUAAAAGCUGCUGGAAUAGCCACGUUAGCGUGGAUGGUUAUUAUGGGCGACGGACUGCACAACUUCAGUGAUGGCCUAGCAAUUGGAGCUGCCUUUACAGAAGGCUUAUCUAGUGGUCUGAGUACUUCUGUAGCUGUAUUUUGUCACGAGUUGCCUCAUGAGUUAGGUGAUUUUGCUGUUCUUCUGAAAGCUGGCAUGACUGUUAAGCAAGCUGUUCUUUAUAAUGCUCUGUCAGCUAUGCUAGCCUAUCUUGGAAUGGCAACUGGAAUUCUAAUUGGGCAUUAUGCUGAAAAUGUAUCAAUGUGGAUAUUUGCACUUACUGCUGGCUUGUUCAUGUAUGUAGCUCUAGUGAAUAUGAUAACUACACUUAUUAAUCAUAAAGAUAAACCAAAGAGGUCAGAUAAGACCUUACAAGCAAUUCAACAGAUGGGACAAGCAGUCAACUUUGCAAUUGGAAAAUUUGUUGCAGUGGGUGAAGCUAUAGCUAAUGAAAACCAGGACCUGAAAGAGGAAAUCCAUAUUGCUUGCAUUGAGGCAAAGCGUGCAGGUGAGACAAUUGCCGGGCUUACAGAUGUGACCCGCAUGGACCAUCCAGAGUCAGAUGCCCGGAUAACAAUUUUUACCGACAAAACAGGAGUGGUAAAGGCUGCAAGGUUGCUUCUUUCCUCUGUAACCAAAGUGCUGUUGCUAGCAGACCGAAUAGUCAUUAAGCAGAUUAUAGCUUCAAGAAACAAGGUUAUUGCCACUUUGGAGCAACUAGAGAAAGUGAGUAGUUUUCAGGAGUUUGUACAGAUAUUCAGCCAAUUCGGGAAUGAAAUGGUGGAGUUUGCUCAUCUAACUGGCGACAGACAAAAUGAUUUGAAGGAUGAAAAGAAAAAGGCAAGAAUGGCCGCCGCAAGGGCCGUCCUUGAAAAGUGUACCAUGAUGCUCCUCACAACUUCAAAAACAUGCCUUAGGCAUCCCGACUGUGAAUCUGCUCGAAUAAACAAGAAAGGGGUGUUUCACCGGAUGCGCGUGGCUUUGGAACAGGUCAUUGAUAUAGUUACCGACUGCAGGCCAAAUGCAGAGGCUGAAGUCUCACCUAACAGCAUCUACACUGGCAUAAAAGCAUUCAAGAAUAAGGUUGAAGCUCUCCGGGAGAAUCUUUAUUUUCUGCCUAAGCAGAAUCUCUCCACAUUGUUGGAUUUCAUCAUGGAGCAAACAGAGGAUUUUACUGAUUCUGCCUAUAUCAGCCAUGAUCAAAGAGAGAGAAUCUUGGAGCUGACAAAUCUGGCUAAAAUGGAGUUGGGAGAGCUGGUUUCAGUCUGGAUGCACGUUAAAAACCAAAAAUCUAAGGCUAUCACAGAAGAUCUGGAACUGGCCAUAUUAAAAAUAAGUCAGUGCAUGAAUGAACUUAAAAGAGAAAUUCACAGUGCAGCAACAUUACUGGCAACAGAUCUAUUAAAGUACCAUGCUGAUCAUGUGGUUUUGAAAGCAUUAAAAAUAAGUGGAGUAGAAGGAAACUUAGAAGCUGUGGCAGGAUAUACGUGUAAACUCUCUGAACAGAAAGAACAGCUUGUGGAGGCUUGUCAAUUGUUAAGACAUGUCUCUGGGACAGAACCUCUUGAAAUUACUUGUGUCCAUGCAGAAGACACUUUUCGGGUUACUGGCCCACAGAUCAUUUCUGCUGCUGAAACAUUGACUCUGCACCCAUCUAGUAAGAUUGCUAAAGAAAAUCUAGAUGUGUUUUGUGAAGCCUGGGAAUCACAGAUUACUGACAUGUCUGUGUUAUUAAGAGAAAUCAAUGAUGUAUUUGAAGGACGACGAGGAGAGAAGCGGGCCUGUCUUUCCCUCCCAAGACCAGGGAAGCAUAAUGCAAACCUGAAAUCCUUAAAGCCUGUCAAACUUGAUUCUGAGGAACAAGCAAAGAUAGCAAAACUUGGACUUGAACUUCGAUUGCUCACAUCAGCUGUAGACUGUGAAGCCGAGAAAUGGGAGGAUCAGGAGACCGAGAUUAUUGUUCGUCAUGGACAAAGCCUAUCUAACAUGGCUUAUUCGAUGUAUUUGUUUUCUAGAGGAGAAGGGCUGUUGAAGAGUACUCAGGAUUUAAUUAAUCAAGCAGAGGUUUUUGCUUCAGAGGGUUUAAAGCUCGCCUCAUCCCUCCGUGCUUUAUCAAAUGAGUUAGAAGAUGAUGGCAAGCCUUUUCUUCUACUGGAGGUAAACAAGCUAGUCCCAGCAUGCCAGCAGCUCCAGCUAAUAGCUAAGGCACCUGUUCAGGGAAAAACCACCUCAUUUACAAAGGUUGAAAAGUGUUUUCUAAACACAAAAGAUUUAAUGGCAGCAUUGGCCCACAUUUUCCCUCUAUGCAGCAAAUUCUUGCGGAAGUGCAAAGCAGGAAAUGGUUGUCUUAUAUCUCCUCAGCUGUGGAAGGAAAACAGGUGGCAAGCAGUUACAGAUGAAGAAAUGGAUGAUGCUGCUCUGAAGAUGUUGCUGCUGAAAAUCUGGAUAUUUGAGGAUGUGCUGUAUGUAACUGUAGGAGUUUAUCAAAGCAUCUCACCUGGUUUGUUCCAGAUUAAUUAUGUUUUGUCAAGAUAGUAAGCUGAUUAUCUUUGAAAAGCUGUUCAGUGAGGAAUUUCAGUGUUUCUUCAGUGAACUAAAAUGUCAGUGUAGGAAAUUUGCUACUGUUUCAAAAAGCUUCAAACAUUUCUUAAUUAAUACAAAAGGGUUUACCAUAUAAUCACUAGUGGAGAUGGAAAUGGUUUAUUCUGGGAACCCUGUGAAAGCAUCAUUAUAAUAUAGAUUUGCACAAAACAGGGACAGAACAGCUGGAUGUCCCUCUGCCUAACUCCAUUCCCACUUGUGACUUUAAUAAUGAAUACAAUAACUUCUGCUAUCAUGUAUGUUUUCCUUACAUGAUUUGGAUAGAAAAGUAAGAAGAAUAAGGGAAGAUAGUUACCUUGACAAGGUGUAAAUUGGUGCCAGCAAUGCUGUUUUAAGCAGAUUGACAGGAUUUUUGUGACAACCUUUUUCUCAAUUUCGUCAGCGUUAUAAAGGUAACAAACAGGUUGCAACUAUUUAAAGUUCACUGUUUAUUAGACAUUGAUUUG